GCGGGCUGUCCACUCCCCUCCCUCCCCUCCCUCCGCGCCGUUAAAAUGAAACUCUAGUGGCCAGAGCCGGAGCUGGGACUGCAGCCGGGCCGGGGCCGAGAGCGGGCGACGAUCCCGGGGUGGCGUACGUGUGGGGAGCAGAACGGUGCGGCCAGCCCCCUCGGGACAGCAAUGUACACGCCGCCGUGGGGCAUGGAGCGCGAGGACGGCGGCGAAGGCGAAGGCGAAGGAGGCGAGGGCGGCGAAGGCGAAGACUGGAGGGACGUGACCAUGCCCUACUCCACUGAGCUCAUCUUCUACAUCGAGAUGGACCCCCCAGCUCUUCCGCCAAAGCCUCCCAAAUCCUUGACUCAAGCUGGUGCCAAUGGGAUGAAGGACAGUUCAGGUUUUUCCCUCCCUGACGCAGAGUGGUACUGGGGAGACAUCUCAAGGGAGGAGGUCAAUGACAAACUACGGGACAUGCCCGAUGGAACCUUCCUGGUGCGAGACGCAUCUACCAAGGUGCAGGGAGACUACACUCUGACUCUGCGGAAGGGAGGCAAUAAUAAAUUGAUUAAGAUUUACCAUCGGGACGGCAAGUACGGCUUCUCAGACCCGCUGACAUUCAGUUCGGUGGUGGAGCUGAUCAAUCACUACCGCCAUGAGUCUCUGGCCCAGUACAACCCCAAGCUCGACGUGAAGUUGAUGUACCCCAUCUCCAGGUACCAGCAGGAUCAGCUGGUGAAAGAAGACAACAUUGACGCCGUGGGCACUAAGCUGCAGGAGUACCAUUCCCAGUUCCAGGAGAAGAGCAAGGAGUAUGACCGACUGUAUGAGGAGUACACCAGGACCUCGCAGGAAAUUCAAAUGAAGAGGACUGCGAUAGAAGCUUUUAAUGAAACAAUUAAGAUAUUUGAGGAGCAGUGCCAGACUCAGGAGCGCCAGAGCAAGGACUACAUCGAGCGCUUUCGGAGAGAGGGGAAUGAGAAGGAAAUUGAGCGGAUAAUGAUUAAUUAUGAGAAACUGAAAUCACGUCUGGGUGAAAUUCAUGAUAGCAAAAUGCGCCUGGAGCAGGAUUUGAAGAAGCAAGCUUUGGACAACCGAGAAACCGACAAGAAGAUGAACAGUAUCAAACCCGACCUAAUUCAGCUGCGCAAGAUUCGAGACCAGUACCUAGUAUGGCUCAGUCACAAAGGAGUGAGACAGAAACGACUCAACGACUGGCUGGGCAUCAAAAAUGACCACAUCGAUGAGACCUAUUUUAUGAAUGAGGAAGAUGAAAAUCUGCCACAUUACGAUGAGAAAACGUGGUUUGUUGGGGAUCUCAAUCGCCUGCAAGCAGAGGACCUGCUCCACGGGAAGCCCGAUGGGGCCUUUUUAAUUCGUGAGAGUAGCAAGAAAGGAUGCUAUGCCUGCUCCGUGGUGGCCGAUGGGGACGUGAAGCACUGCGUGAUCUACAGCACAGCCCGGGGCUAUGGCUUCGCUGAGCCCUACAACUUGUACGGCUCGCUGAAGGAGCUCGUCCUGCACUACCAGCACACGUCCCUCGUCCAGCACAACGACUCUCUCAACGUCCGGCUGGCCCACCCUGUCUACGCACAGCUGCCCUCCCACUGCAGAUAGACGUGGGCUGGGGAACGCGGCCGCUGCAGCCGCAGCCAGGGCCGCAGCGAGGGAGCCGGGAACGAUGACAGCGAUGAGGAGGGGGGUGACCAGGGCAUUCUCUCUACUUAGACUGCUUGUUUUGCACAAGAAGUGAUUCUGUGAAUGUGAAGCAGAGGGGCCUGGGGGCCGGCCGGGGGUCAGGACACUGCCACCACCUGUGUGUGCGCUCUGAGCUCGUGGCUGGCUGGCUGUUUUUGCUGUUAACACUGAUGUGCGCUUUCCCCAAGGGGAAGAAACUGAGCGCGAGAAACUGGAGGCAGACAGACACCACUGGAUGGAGAAUUAGGGUUCUGGGGGUGCGUGGGCAUACGUGGGUGUGUGCGUGUCCUUGUCUCCUUGGUUUUUUACUUUCAGCCAGGCACCUCCAUAGAGCCAUGCUCGGUUUGGGGGGGUGGGCAGGGCUGAAGGAUGACCAGCACAAAGCCUCCACCCAAAGAGAAGAGAGGGGUGCGUCUUCUUAUACUUUGGAGCCUGGGGGUGGCAGGGUAGGUGCUACCACUGCAGGUGGGGGUACCUGAGCUGACUCCUCUGGUUAUUCAGACAAACAGCUUCUGCUGCGGGCAAAAGGAACUGGGAGAUGGGGCCGACCAAAGGAAAACGGGGAACCUUCUCUUCCUUUUUCAAAUAUCAGAAGCCCUAUGACACGUCCUCCAAGCAGAGCACAGCGGCUUUCUUUUGUAUGGAAGUUGAACCGUGGCCCAUCGACAGCAGCAGACUUCAUCUCUGGGAGCAAGGCCCCGAGGGCACCAGCCUGGCCAAGUGCUCCUUUCCACACAACCUGAAAGAAAGAAAAGGAAAUGGGAGAUCAUAUAUGGGUAUUGGAGACCCCUGGGGCUUGGCACUGAGCUCCUGGACCUGCCCGUAGCCUAGGAAGCUUUGGGCUUUCCUCCUGGGGCCUUGGCACUUGAAGAAUUCCCCAUCUGAAAUCCCUGUAACUCCUCUAUAUGUAAAGACAGUGCAGUGUUGUGCUUCCCGGUGGCUGGAACAUACCAAAUAUCUGCAGAGCCGCCCCCUCUGCCUCCUCCUGCCUGGCCAGCCAUGUGGCCUCUCCCCAGAACCUCCCAAAUGCCACCUCGGUGGAAGUGGCAACCACCAGGCCCCUCUGGGUCCCAGUGAAAACCCGGCCCUUCCAAAUGGAGGUCCUCGACCUUGGAACAAACACCACUUAGAUCCACACCCAGGACAAGCCUGCUCGGGGGUCAGUCUCCCUCCUUGGAGAAAGAAUGGAGGAUGUGUCUGCUUUGCUCAUCGCCUCCUCCUUUCCCUACCUAUCAUCUCAUGGGCCUUGCCGAGUGCUGGAGGAAGCCUCUGGUCUGUCUCUGGCUUGUGCCGAGGCCAUUAGGGAAUCCUGGUUUUUCCAGGCCAGCACCCAUUGGUUACAGAACACUACCGGUGGGACAGAUGCGCUCACCUUCCCCAAAAGCCGCCUUCCUGGGACCAGCCGAGUCCCAGGUUCCGUCUCCCCUCCUCUGCUCCCCUUGCCAUCCUCUGUUUACUUUGUUGUGGGAUCCUGUGCCAGUGCCGACCUCCUCUGGCACCCAGGUCUCAUUCCUCCCCCUCGGUGCAUCCAGGCAGGGCAGAGCCUCCCCUGGGGAGGACCUUCUCCAGGCCUUGGCAGCAGAACACACUAGAUUCCCCCCACCCCGCUCAGCAGGCACUGAGGUGUCCACUUCUGAGAAGUCUGGAGGGAGGCACUCUGAAGGAAACAUCUGGUGAGUUGAAAGGCAUUUUGUAGUACGAUUUUUUUUAUUUUUUUGGUGAGGCAAUUAGGGUUAUGUGAAUUGCCCAGGAUCACACAGCUAGUAAGUGUUAAGUGUCUGAGGCCGGAUUUGAACUCAGGUCCUCCUGAAUCCAGGGCCGGUGCUCUAUCCACUGCGCCACCUAGCUGCCCCCGAGUAUGAUUUUUAAUCUCAUUUCUAAUUGCUGUGGUCGGGACCACAUGCUCAAAAACAAACAAAAACCAGCUUGGAUUCUCACAGCCCUCUCUUUCACAAGAUCUCGGCCCAGAGGCUGGAGUGGGUGGGUCACUCCAUCAUCGGUCUGGCCACAGAGGGAAACAAGGGCAGUCACCCGUGGGAGCAGUCCAGAAGCCACAGAUAGUAGCCGUUUGCCUCCCUGGCCAAACGAGGGACCUUGAGUCAAACCUAGUUCCUGGCUCCCAGGGGUAGAUGCUACAGGAAGCCCCGAGAAUGCUGUUCUAGGGGAGCAGGAAGGAGUCUGCUGUGCAUUCUGUCUGCGCUUUUCUCAUGACUGUAUCUAACUCAGUCAAGAGCAGUGGCCCAUGUUACGGACAAGGAAGCCUUUGAAAAGGUAUCUGCCAGGAGUGUGGGGAGCACAGCUUGGAGAUGUUCUCGUCUGUGUUCUUAGAACCCUCUCUGGGGGAGCUCGAAGGAGAUAGAUCCUCCUCCUGGCUGCCUGCUGAGCUGCCGGCCCAGGCUCCAUGGGUGUCCUCGGUCAGCAAGAGGGCGAAGGGUCCACCAGAAGGCUUCCUGGCGCAGGGCCCUCACCAGCCUGCCUGCCUGGCAUCCUGCAUCUGUGCCUUCAGGGAGCAAGUGGGAGAUGAGGAAAUUGGCUCUCUCAUAUACCAAACCUGCACCCUCUUAGAAAGCCCCUCAGGAAGAUGAGCCUUGGGCCCGGGCUGGGGUCUGAAUUCCUCCCUCGGCUAAUGGGAUCGGUGAUUCUCAGCAUCACCUUGUGUGCUGGGUCCUGGGGAACGCCUGGAAGGGUUCCCUGGCAGCAGGGGAGGAGGAAGAUUGGAGGCACAGCUUUCCCAGCGAGAGCAGGCUGACGCCCGUUGUCUCAUGCCAUGGAGGGAGGCAGGCGAGGAUGGGGGAGUCGCACAAACAGCAGCAAGGACAAAGGCGGCGGGUAAGUCUGGCCUGGGGACAGCCUUGGGAUGAGCAGGGCCAGCAUCUCCUAUCAGUGGGCCAGCCCAGCUUUGCUCAGCUUAGACAAUGCAUCGACCCCUCUGAGAUGACGGGGAGGGUCAGCAGGAUUGGCCAGAGAGGAAGCCUCCUCGACCUUGCUGCUGUUCUCGUCUGGAAAGGGGGGGUUUGGGACACUGGCUCCUUGCUGCUAACCCUGUGGGGCCAAGGCGUGUCGGGCUGGGUGCUUGGGGCUGCUGGAGAGGGGGAGGAGAGAGCUCCUGGGGACUUCACGUGGCACAGCCUUGUAACCCCAGCUGGGAAGGCCACAGGUUGUAGUAGGCUUCUUUCAGAAAGACGAACGACCCGGUGGGUGCCUGGCUCGAGCUCUCCAAGCUGCCAAGAAUGGACUGGAUGAGGCUGAGGGGAUCUACAGCUCCUCCUGGUGGCCACAGCAGGGCCAGCCACCAGCUACAAGCUGCUGCGGCUGUUCCUGGGGACCGAGCUCCAGAUGACCCAAAAGGAGCUGGGGGUGGGGGCUGAGGGCAUGCAGAGAUGCCUAGGUCAGGGCCUGCCGAGCAGGGGCAUCAUUGACUGGGCCCCAAAUACCCUGGGGAUGUGCCCGGUCAGGGUCAGGUCAACUGUGUAUCCCAUUCCCCUCUCUUGCCCUUGCCCAGCUAGCUCUUUGAAGAUGAGGGACCAUGGACCCCCUUUGGCCUAUGGUGGUGAGCCCAGAACCAGCCCAUUGCUAAGCUUGAUCUCUGUACCACAGCACUGGCUCCUCUCCCCACUGAAAACCCCACCCCAGCCUGUCUCCAUGGGUAGGCUGUGCACGGAUGGAACUGGGCUGCCCUGCGCCGGCCCUCCUGGCCCCCAGGAGGGAAGGGAGGAGGGAGGAGGGGCUUCCCUCCCUCUUUCCAGCUCUCCUUCCCCCCCCUCGCUCCCCCUCCCCCCUUCCUCCCUCGCUCCCCACUACAACUGUCGUUUGCCUGGGUGAAUUCCAGCAUGUGACUCCAGCGCCCUGUCUCCCUGUUGUUACUUGUGUAAAACCUCUUCUGUCUUCUUUGAUGUAGUCAAGAGAAAUUCAUGUAGUUAAUGUGAAAAGGAAAAAGCCCAACUGCUUCACAAGGAAACCAGUCAGUCCUAUGUUAGUGUGCGUGGACAACUCAUGCCGUGCGUACGUAGCUGCUAGACCGGUCGUUACAGUUGUACUUGUCCCCACGUGUGCGUGUUGCGACGGCCAGGGGAGGUGCCCUUUGGCCUUUGGGCCAAUUUGCUCCAGGUUAAAAUGCAAUAAACAGUUGCAAUAAAGCACA